AUGACUGCGAAGACGAUAACGGCAAAUAAAACUGCCCCGCGACUGAGGAGGACAACGGCGAUGCCAACUCACUCAGCUCCGCCUUUGAGAGUGUCCGCGAGAAGUAAGCUCAUGCAGUCCCAGCACGCGAAGGCAGUGUCGUCUCCGCUGGAGUACAAUGUGCCCGUCUACUUCCGCACCACCCCUUGUCGUGCUUCCCCUCAGUGUGACCCUGCCGCUGCAGAUCGCAUGAGGAACACUGGUUACGUCAACAGGCUGGAAUGGGCCGUCUAUGACCCUUGCCCUGACAUGAUAGGUGGGCUCAAAGGCCACAUGUACAUUGUUUCUUGCAGAUCCGAGGGAGACCACGCUCUUGCCACUCUCCUGACCAAUGGCGUCUCAGACCACAGCUGGUGUAGAAUUGGCACCACCGAGAACAUCGCGCACGAGUGGUUUGAUGGCUGGUUUACUGGAACCAUCAAAGGGAAAGUUCACCGGCUGUCCCUCUUCCCUCGUGUUGUCACUGAGGCAGAGCUCCACCACCGCGUGACCACCGCUCAAGACCUUCCUACCAAAUUUCCUCUUCCGCUGUCUAUCAAACCUGCCUUGUCAUCUGCCUUUGCCCCGGAUGCUGCGCCCGCUGCAUCUAACAAUCCUCCUGAGGCAGAACCUGCCGAGCCUGCCAACAGUCAGCCUCGUAAAUGCUAUUAG